CAUCCAUAAGUGCGACGCAACAAAGCUCAAACUGCCAAGAAGAAAGGAAAAGAAAAAUCAGAGAAAAGGAAAACCCAAAACCUUUCUUUCAAAUUCUCCUUCUUCUCUCUUCAACUCCUGAGAUUCUCCACCUCCUUCGAUUAGCAACAGAUAUGGCAUCAUUGAGCUUAACUCAUCAGAUUGGUUCCCUCUCUGGGACACCAAUCCAAUCGGAAUCCGUCACCUCCGGCAACGACACGACGGGAGCCGUAUCAGCCGCGGCGGUCUGGAAGACUCAGCCAACAGACCUCCGGUGCAGGAUCAAGAAGCAAGGGGGAGAUACAGACUCGAUGUCACAGCCUGUGAGUCCUUUGAGCCCGUGUAGAUCUCCAUCGCCGGUGUUAGGAACGAUGAGGCCGGAAAUUUCGAUGGCAUGCCAAGCGCUGGUGGCAGAGGCGGAGACGGCGGAGCAGGAGGAGAGUGACUUCCAGUAUAGAGAAGGGAGAGAGAGACAGAUGGUUAAGGCUAAGGAGAAGGGGGUGCCGGUUUUCGUGAUGAUGCCGUUAGAUAGUGUGACGAUGAAUAACGGCGUGAACCGGAAGAAGGCCAUGAAUGCGAGUUUGCAGGCGCUAAAAAGCGCAGGGGUGGAAGGGAUAAUGAUGGAUGUGUGGUGGGGAUUGGUCGAGAGGGAAUCUCCUGGGUCCUACAACUGGGGUGGUUACACCGAACUUCUCGAGAUGGCUAAGAAGCACGGCCUCAAGGUUCAGGCCGUUAUGUCCUUCCACCAGUGCGGUGGCAACGUAGGUGAUUCCGUCACGAUACCGUUGCCGAAGUGGGUGGUGGAGGAGAUAAACAAAGAUCAGGACCUGGCGUAUACCGAUCAAUGGGGGAGGAGGAACUACGAGUACCUCUCGCUCGGCUGCGACACACUUCCGGUGCUCAAGGGUCGUUCGCCAGUCCAGUGCUACUCCGAUUUCAUGAGUUCUUUCAGGGAUAACUUCAAACACCUCCUCGGCGACACCAUUGUCGAAAUCCAAAUUGGGAUGGGACCAGCUGGGGAGCUCCGAUACCCAUCUUACCCAGAGCAAGACGGGAUAUGGAAAUUCCCUGGAAUUGGAGCUUUUCAAUGCUUUGACAAGUACAUGGUCAAUAGCUUGAAAGCUGCGGCUGAAGCUGCCGGCAAACCAGAGUGGGGGACCUCCGGUCCUACAGAUGCAGGCCAUUACAACAACUGGCCAGAAGACACCCAGUUCUUCCGCAAAGAAGGUGGAGGUUGGAAUAGCCCUUACGGAGAAUUCUUCCUGUCUUGGUACUCUGAUAUGCUUUUGAACCACGGAGAGAUGAUACUCUCAUCAGCCAAAUCCAUCUACGAAGGUACUGGUGUCAAAUUCUCAGUGAAGGUCGCAGGUAUCCAUUGGCACUAUGGAAGCAGGUCGCACCCACCGGAGCUCACCGCAGGGUACUACAACACCCGCUUCAGAGACGGCUACAUACCUAUUGCAAAAUUGCUGGCACGCCACGGCGCAAUCUUCAAUUUCACCUGCAUCGAGAUGCGCGACCACGAGCAGCCUCAAGAAGCUCAGUGUUUGCCCGAGAAGCUUGUUCGACAAGUUGCUCUGGCCACCAGAGAGGCCAAAGUGCCUCUUGCAGGGGAGAACGCAUUGCCACGGUACGACGAUUACGCACACGAGCAGAUACUGCAGGCGUCGGCGAUGAACCUGGGCGGCGAUGAUGGAGGAGAGCAAGAGAUGUGUGCUUUCACGUAUUUGAGAAUGAAUCCGCAUCUGUUCCAGGAGGAUAACUGGAGGAGGUUUGUUGGGUUUGUGAAAAAGAUGAGGGAAGGAAAGAAUGGGAACCGAUGUUGGGAGCAAGUGGAGAGGGAAGCGGAGCACUUCGUCCAUGUCAGUCAGCCAUUGGUGCAAGAGGCUGUGGUUGCUAUGAGUCACUAGUCCACAUGAACACUGGUUUUUUUAAGGUGUUUCCAAGAUGGGUACUUAUUUCAAUGGUUAAAAAAAGGACAGGAGAAAAGAAAGAGGAGGUGAACAGUGAGGAAUGAGGGUGUAUAGGACUCUCUGAACUGUUCUCUUUUUUCCUUUCCAUCUAUAUCUAUUGUUGUUUAUAGAUGUUACGAUAAAGAUUGGGAUUUGGGGGUUUUGAUACCUGCAUUUUAUCACCAAUGUAUCUCUUCUCCCGGAAGGAAAACCUGUAAUUUACUUCUAGCUUUCUUUUCCCUACAUCAGUAAUUGUAAUAUGAAAAACAGAUGGAAAAUGUAUUAUCCCAACAAGAAGAGCCUUCUGAAAUGAUAAACUUCUUAUAGUUGCCAGGAA